UCUGAGUCCACCGGCUCAGCUCGCCUGGACGGCGCGGCCGGCAGGCCUGGGUCAUGGCUGGCGAGGCAGCGCAGCCGGGGGUCGAGCCGCUGGCCUUCGCGCGGUUCCUGGACUCGAGUCCGCAGCCUUUCGUUUAUGGGUACGGCGGGCGCAGCCUGCGCGAGAUGCGGGAGCGCGAAUUCGGCCGCCUGGCAGGAACUGUCUACCUUGACCAUGCAGGAGCCACGUUAUUCCCCCAGAGCCAGCUUACAAGCUUCACUAAAGAUCUCAUGGAAAACCUUUAUGGUAAUCCUCACAGCCAGAACAUCAGCAGCAAGCUCACCUAUGAAACAGUGGAGCAGGUCCGCUACAGGAUCCUAGCGCACUUCCGCACCUCCCCAGAGGACUACACUGUGAUUUUCACGGCAGGGAGCACGGCUGCUCUUAAGCUGGUGGCAGAGGCUUUCCCAUGGGUGUCUCCAGGCCCGGAGAGCAGUGGGAGUCGGUUCUGUUACCUCACUGACAGCCACACCUCCGUGGUGGGCAUGCGGAAGGUCACCACAGCCAUGAACGUCACUUGCAUCCCAGUCAGACCAGAGGACAUGUGGUUGGCGGAGAAACAGGAUGCGGCCGCCGCCGGCGACCCUGACCACCAGCCUCCGCAUCUCUUCUGCUACCCGGCUCAGAGUAACUUUUCCGGGACCAGAUAUCCCUUGUCCUGGAUAGGAGAAGUCAAGUCCGGGCGGAUGCGCCCCGUGAGCGCGCCUGGGAAGUGGUACGUGCUGCUGGACGCGGCCGCCUACGUGGGCACCUCGCCACUGGACCUGUCGGUUCACCAGGCCGACUUUGUCCCCAUCUCCUUCUAUAAGAUCUUUGGCUUCCCCACCGGCCUGGGAGCUCUGCUGGUGAAUAAUCGUACUGCUCCUCUGCUGAGGAAAACCUACUUUGGAGGUGGCACGGCUGCGGCGUACCUUGCAGGGGAAGACUUCUACAUCCCGAGAGAAUCAGUGGCUGAAAGGUUCGAAGAUGGCACCAUCUCAUUCUUAGACGUGAUAGCACUAAAACAUGGAUUUGAUGCCUUAGAGAACCUCACAGGUGGAAUGGAGCGCAUCAGGCAGCAUACCUUUACCCUGGCUCGGUACACCUACGCCUCCCUGACUGCCCUCCGGUACCCCAACGGAGCCCCUGUUGUGCGGAUUUACAGUGACUCUGAGUUCAGCAGCCCAGAGGUUCAGGGUCCAGUCAUCAGCUUCAACGUGCUUGACGAUGAUGGGAACAUCAUUGGUUAUUCCCAGGUGGAUAAAAUGGCCAGUCUUCACAACAUCCAUGUGCGAACCGGCUGCUUCUGUAACACUGGGGCCUGCCAGAGGCACCUAGGGAUAAGUGACGAGAUGGUCAAGAAGCAUCUUCAGGCUGGUCACGUCUGUGGAGACGACGUGGACCUCAUAGAUGGGCAGCCGACGGGCUCCGUGAGGAUUUCGUUUGGAUACAUGUCCACACUUGAGGAUGCCCAGGCCUUUCUCAGGUUCAUCAUAGCCACCUGGCUGCACCCGUCUCUCAGCCAGCCUCUCCUUCUAGCCACCCCCAGGCAGGCAGGAGCCCCGCCAGCUGAGAUGGAGGCUCAGAACACCAUGUCUGCCACCAUGGACAGAGGCGGCCUCUCUCCUCAGGAAGAUGCUCUCGCAGACCCUGGGGUUUGGAACAGCUCACCCACCACUGUGGAUGCUGUGACUUUGUGCCUACCUCUGCUGGAGGCCACCAGAACCCAGCAGACCCCUUCAGAGAAAACUGCAGGCAUCCCCGGUGGGGGUCUUGGGUCACAUGUUGUCACCAACCUUUACCUCUACCCGAUCAAAUCCUGUGCUGCCUUUGAGGUGAUCAGGUGGCCUCUUGGAAAUCAAGGGCUACUGUAUGACCGGAGCUGGAUGAUUGUGAAUCACAAUGGCAUUUGCCUGAGUCAGAAGCAGGAGCCCCGGCUGUGCCUGAUCCAGCCCAUCAUUGACCUGCAGCGAAGGGUCAUGGUCAUCAAAGCCCAAGGGAUGGAGCCCAUAGAGGUGCCGCUUGAGGAAAACAGCGAAAGGGCUCAGAUCUGCCAAAGCAAGGUCUGUGCAGACAGGGUGAAUGCUUACGAUUGUGGAGAAAAAAUUUCAGCCUGGUUGUCAAGGUUUUUUGGCCGUCCAUGUCAUCUGAUCAAACAAAGUUCAGACUUUCGAAGAAAUCCGAGGAGAAAACAUGGCAAAGAUCAGCCUGCUUGUACAACAGCCACCCUUUCUCUGGUGAACGAGGCACAGUAUCUGCUGAUAAACAGAUCCAGUGUUUUGGAACUUCAGCGGCAAUUAAACAGAAGUGGUGAGAAUGGGAAGGAAGAAUUAUUUCCAAUGAAAGAUCUCAUCUCACGUUUCCGUGCCAAUAUUAUUACCAAUGGAACAAGGGCUUUUGAAGAAGAGAAAUGGGAUGGAAUUUCAGUUGGAUCCUUGCAUUUCCAGGUUUUGGGGCCUUGUCACAGAUGCCAGAUGAUUUGCAUCAAUCAGCAAACUGGUCAACGAAAUCAAGAUGUUUUCCAAAAGCUUUCUGAGAGUCGGGAGAGAAAGGUGAACUUUGGAGUGUACCUGAUGCAUUCGUCUUUGGAUUUAUCUUCUCCAUGUUACCUGUCUGUAGGAUCCGAGGUGCUCCCUGUGUUGAAAGUAAACACGGAACAUCACUAUUUACCUGCUUCUGAGAAACAUCAGGAUGCUCUCUCCUAAAAUUUUGUUUCAGGAGUUCCUGUCGUGGUGCAGUGGUUAACGAAUCCGACUAGG